AGCGUGUCACGUGACAGCAUCUGACAGCUCAGAGGAGGAACACUAACAUGGCGGUGUGCAUAGCUGUGAUCGCAAAAGAGAACUACCCGCUGUAUAUUCGCAGUGUGCCCACUCAAAAUGAGCUGAAGUUCCACUACACAGUGCACACCUCUCUGGAUGUGGUGGAGGAGAAGAUCUCAGCAGUGGGCAAAUCCUUGGGAGACCAGAGGGAGCUGUACCUGGGUCUGCUCUAUCCCACUGAGGACUACAAAGUAUAUGGGUAUGUAACAAACUCCAAGGUGAAAUUUGUCAUUGUUGUGGACUCAUCAAAUACAUCAUUGCGGGACAAUGAAAUAAGAAGUAUGUUCAGAAAAUUGCACAACUCUUUUACUGAUGUAAUGUGCAACCCAUUCCACAAUCCUGGGGACUCCAUUCAGUCCAAGGCCUUCGAUGGAGUAGUUUCUGGAAUGAUGGUGCAAAACGGCUGACGUCUCUUCCAUCCCUUUGUGCUGAACCUCCACUGUACAUAAUACCCCUAAUCUUUUUUUUUUUGUUUACAAGUUGCCUUGAUUAUGGAGAUGCAUUGCUGUAAUAAAACUUAAUUGAUGUUCCACA